UUAACCCGGAAAAGGUACUUGCGGACCUUUAACAAGGCAGGAAGUGUCUCCUGAUUAAACUGACAGUUAGCUAACAUGGCGCUUGAUGUAAAAUCCAGAUCUAAACGAUACGAGAAACUGGAUUUCCUCGGAGAGGGUCAGUUUGCCACAGUAUACAAAGCCAGGGACAAAACGACGGAUACCAUAGUUGCCAUUAAAAAGAUUAAGGUUGGCCACAGAACUGAGGCUAAAGAUGGUAUUAAUAGGACUGCUCUUCGAGAGAUCAAACUGCUGCAGGAACUGCAUCAUCCAAAUAUCAUUGGGCUGCUGGAUGCCUUCGGACACAAAUCUAACAUCAGCCUGGUGUUUGACUUCAUGGAAACAGAUCUGGAGGUGAUCAUCAAAGACACCAGUCUAGUCCUGACUCCAGCCAACAUCAAAGCCUACAUCCUCAUGACUCUACAGGGACUGGAGUAUAUGCACCAACACUGGGUUCUACACAGGGAUCUGAAGCCCAAUAAUCUGCUGUUAGACGGCAACGGAGUGUUGAAGUUGGCUGAUUUUGGUUUGGCCAAAUCAUUUGGCAGCCCCAACAGAGUCUACACACAUCAAGUUGUUACGAGGUGGUACCGCUCCCCUGAGCUCCUGUUUGGUGCCAGGAUGUACGGUGUGGGUGUUGACAUGUGGGCAGUGGGAUGCAUCUUGGCAGAGUUACUCCUUCGGAUACCAUUCCUAGCUGGAGACUCAGAUCUUGACCAGCUGACUAAGAUCUUUGAGGCUCUUGGGACGCCCACAGAAGAGACAUGGCCUGGAGUGAGUAGUCUACCAGACUACGUGUCCUUCAAAAUAUUUCCUGGCACACCUCUGGAACAUAUAUUUAGCGCAGCUGGAGACGACUUACUAGAGCUGCUACAGGGUCUCUUCACCUUUAAUCCCUUGACAAGGACCACAGCUACACAGGCUCUGAAGAUGAGGUACUUCAGUACUCGACCUGGUCCCACUCCUGGUCCACAACUCCCCCGACCCAAUUGUUCAGUUGAGGCUCUGAGGGAGAAGGAAACAGUCGGGCUCAAGAGGAAAAUCGAGGGCCUGGAGACAACUGUGAUGAAGAAGAAGCUAAUUUUUUGACCAGAUGGGACCUGGUAAAUCAGAUGAUCACCAUUUUCACAUUAUUGCGUGGCUCAACUUUCCCGCAUUGCUCAGGAUUGUCCACUGGAAUACAAAAAAAAGAAGUCCAAAACCAGCAGAGGGAAAAAGACUCAGAUGUGGUUGACUUUAGGACAUUUUAGAGGUUGUAGCUGUUACAUCAGUUGAGAAUUGUGCCUAAGUUAGCUCAAAGUAUCCAAGGUGCUUCUGUGUUCAGCAUUCCAUCGAUUGUUGUAGAUAAAAAAUACUACCUGUGGUCAAUAAUGUUGGCUCUGGUCUUUCUUCAUUGUAACAAUGAUGCCUAAGCUCUGAGAGCCUGUUGGAAUAUGUCUAUUUAUGUGACUGAAAAGGAGAAGAACCACACUAGCAAACCUGAUUUAUUUCAUUUAUGUGUAUUUUUAUUUUUUGUAUGUAAGACCAAUAAAUGGUGCAAGUGCAUA